CCCAUGACCAAUGCUUGAGAAAUUCAGGUUUUCAGUCAUCAAGAGUAAUUCGAGUAAUGAUGCUAGAAUCAAUCCAGGCUCUAAUGAUCUUCCAGCCCUGCUGGGGCUGCCUAGGGGCUGUGAUGCCUCGCUGCCUUAGUGCCAUGCCGCGUUUCUACCUUGAUGCCUUAGUGCCUUGCUGCCUUCCCGAGCUCCUUGCCCAUGCCCCAGUAGACCUAGUACGCCUCACCGGGCACCUUUCUGGCACCAUUCGACAACCCCCAUGCUGAAAUCUCGAGAAUCGCAUAUCAAAAUGACUGCGAGACCAAGGGGAAGCUUACUGUGUUAUCUAUAAAGUACCAGAGCUGAUGCUGGCCU